UGGCCAAAGGUCAAGAUUGCCCUCAAGGAGCCAAUUGCUGAGUUUUGGGGAACUUUCAUCCUCGUCCUUUUCGGUGAUGCUGCCAUCGCACAGACUAUGCUGAGCGGCACAGCAGCAGGCCGCGCAUCUUCACCUGGCGGUGCAGGCUUUGGCGCAUGGGACACCAUCAGCUGGGCAUGGGGUCUCGGACUCAUGUUGGGUGUCUACGUCGCCGGUGAUUCGGGUGCCUUUUUGAAUCCUGCCAUCUGUCUCGCAUCUUGCAUCUUCCGCAAGCUUCCAUGGCGACGACUCCCCAUGUACUGGCUUGCUGAAUUCCUCGGCGCAUUUGUGGCUGCAGGUGUUGUCUACGGCAACUACGUCAACGGUAUCAACCAAUACGAAGGUCACGGCAUUCGAUCCGUCGCAUCUGCAGACAACCCAACCGGUACUGCUGGUAUUUUCGCCACCUUCCCGGCAUCCGACUUGACCAAGGCUAGCCAAUUCUUCGACCAAUUCAUCGGCAGCGCUCUUCUUGUCUUCCUCAUCUGGACAUUGAAGGAUGACUCCAACAAGGGCAAGUUCGUUGCUAGCGGUGCCUGGUUCCCACUCGGGCUUUUCUUUGUCAUGAUGGGUAUUGCCACUGCCUUCGGCUGGCAAACCGGCUUCGCCAUCAAUCCAGCUCGCGACCUUGGCCCACGUGUAAUGAUCGCAGCUAUCGGUUACAGCGGCGUCUGGUCUGCUGGCGGUUACUAUUUCUGGGUACCCAUCGUCGCACCCUUCUGCGGCGCCGUCGUUGGCGCCUUCCUUUACGACAUCUUCAUCUACACUGGCGAGACACCAGUCAACACACCAUGGAUGGGUCUUAAGAAGUUGCUCAACCCGAAGAGAACC